GGAUCAAUUGGUUUUGUUCCGCAAAUUCUCCGAUUCUCACUGGAUUGCAUCUAUCCUGAUCAGCUGUGUCUGCUUAAUUUAUAUCCUGAGGAGGAAUCGACUUUUAUUAAGAAAAUGCUGGAAGCUGAGGUGUGUUCUUCUCGGGUUCUGUCUCCUUUUCGUGAAGAAAGUGGUGAUGAGGAGCUCUCUGUUCUUCCCCGGCACACGAAAGUCAUUGUUACGGGAAACAACCGAACCAAGUCAGUCUUGGUGGGUCUGCAGGGAGUUGUUAAGAAGGCUGUUGGCCUCGGUGGCUGGCAUUGGCUGGUUCUGAAGAAUGGAGUGGAAGUUAAGCUACAGAGGAAUGCUUUGAGUGUGAUAGAACCACCCACAGGAAAUGAAGAAGAUGACGAUGACCAUGAUUUAGAUAACUCUUGCAGUAGCUCAGAAAUGGGUUUCUUCCAUGCGUCUCCUUGGGCAGCGAGUAGCAUUCAGUUCCACAAAUCAAGCAAGCCAAGAGUGAGGCAUACAAGGCCCUGGAUAUCUGCCAAAUCAAUUAAUAGAAGCCAUUGCAGAGAAAUACAAUCCAAUAUCCAAAAACCCCAACUGAGGGUGAACUUGGCAAAGCUAGGAACAAAUUCAUUGUGGAGAUAUUGGAAACGAUUUGAUCUUGCUAGGAACAACCAUCCCCAUCCGUCAAGGGAGCAAAUGGUGGAUGCAGUAAGGCGGCACUUCUCAUCACUGCAAUUGGACGAGAUUGAAGUGAUCAUGGGAUUCAUUCAUGCAGCGAAGAAAUUGAAAGCCAUGGUCUCAUAAGUGGUGAGCAUUGGAAUACUUGAGCCCAAGGAUGAGAGGGUUUAUAUGCUUGUAUAAUACAUAUAUCAGUCUAACCUCAAGUAGUACAUUAGAUUUGGCUCUUGUGAGUACUGAUGAGGGCCAAAUCCAGAUUCAAAUGUUCUGGAUGCUCAAUUAUAUUUAUCUUCCUAACCAUGUAGUAGGCUAAGCUAAGGUGGACCUUCUUAAUUUAUGCCGUAAUUGACAUGUGAAGACGUUCACUGAUAAACACCUGAAGACUUUUGAAUUGGCCAUUGUACAGUACUGGUCCUGUUUAAUCUAUAUAUCAUUAGGCAUUGCAUGUGUUUACUCAAUGUUAA